GGGCGCAGUGGCCCGGCUGGCCCUCGCCCGCGUUCACCAGGCGAGUGUCUGGUUUCCAAUUCCGCGGGCUCCGGAAUUGGGGUUGGGCUAGCUUGGGUGCCAGCGGCGGGUAGUGGCAGGCGCCGGCCGAGCAACAGGAGCUCAGAGAAAGAGGCAGCGGCAGCAGUGGAGAGGACGCCGGGGGAGAGGAAGGGUCCCUGAAGCCUGCGCCCUCCCCGGGGCCAGACUCUGCGGGCACACUGGGUGGGCAUGAUCGGCGGGCACGGUGGCAAGCCUCUUAUGUAAGGAGUUGAAGGGGAAAUAAAACAUACAGGAUGAAAAGAUGGCAAUGUUGCCUCCCCCGGGACCUCAGAGCUUUGUCUUCUUCACAAAACAGUCUCUUGCCCUCAUUGAACAACGUAUUGCUGAAGGAAAAGCAAAGGAACCCAAAGAAGAAAAGAAAGACGAUGACGAUGAAGGGCCAAAGCCAAGCAGUGACUUGGAAGCCGGCAAGCAGCUGCCCUUCAUCUAUGGGGACAUUCCUCCGGGCAUGGUGUCAGAGCCCCUGGAGGACUUGGACCCUUACUAUGCAGACAAAAAAACUUUCAUAGUGUUGAACAAAGGGAAAGCAAUCUUCCGUUUCAAUGCCACACCUGCUUUGUACAUGCUCUCUCCUUUCAGUCCUCUCAGAAGAAUAUCUAUUAAGAUUUUAGUACAUGCCGCAUUCAGCAUGCUUAUCAUGUGCACUAUUCUGACGAACUGCAUAUUUAUGACCAUGAGUAAUCCUCCAGACUGGACCAAGAAUGUAGAGUACACUUUUACUGGAAUAUAUACAUUUGAGUCACUUGUGAAAAUCCUUGCAAGAGGAUUCUGUGUAGGAGAAUUCACUUUUCUUCGUGACCCAUGGAACUGGCUUGAUUUCAUAGUCAUUGUCUUUGCAUAUGUGACAGAGUUUGUGGACCUGGGCAAUGUCUCAGCGUUGAGAACAUUCAGAGUUCUCCGAGCUUUGAAAACAAUUUCAGUCAUUCCAGGCCUGAAGACCAUCGUGGGGGCCCUGAUCCAGUCUGUGAAAAAGCUCUCAGAUGUCAUGAUCCUGACUGUGUUCUGUCUGAGCGUGUUUGCCCUGAUUGGGCUGCAGCUCUUUAUGGGCAACCUGAAGCAUAAAUGUGUGCAGAGUUCACUUGCAAAUAAUGAAACAAUAGAAAACAUAUUGAAUACUCUAGAUGAAGAAGAAUAUGCAAAAUAUUUUUAUUACUUGGAGGGAUCCAAAGAUGCUCUCCUUUGUGGUUUCAGCAGUGAUUCAGGUCAGUGUCCAGAAGGGUACACCUGUAAGAAGAUUGGCAGAAAUCCUGACUAUGGCUACACGAGCUUCGAUACUUUCAGCUGGGCCUUCUUAGCCUUGUUUCGGCUAAUGACCCAGGAUUACUGGGAAAACCUUUACCAACAGACCCUGCGUGCUGCUGGGAAAACCUACAUGAUCUUCUUUGUUGUGGUGAUUUUCCUGGGAUCCUUUUAUCUAAUAAACUUGAUCUUGGCUGUUGUUGCCAUGGCCUAUGAAGAACAGAACCAGGCAAACAUUGAAGAAGCGAGGCAGAAAGAGUUAGAAUUUCAGCAGAUGCUGGAUCGACUUAAAAAAGAGCAAGAGGAAGCGGAGGCAAUAGCAUUAGCGGCAGCUGAAUACACCAGCAUUGGGAGAAGCAGAAUAAUGGGUCUCUCUGAGAGUUCUUCUGAAACAUCCAAACUGAGCUCUAAAAGUGCUAAAGAAAGAAGAAACAGGAGAAAGAAAAAGAACCAAAAGAAACUCUCCAGCGGGGAAGAAAAGGGAGACAAUGAGAAACUGUCCAAAUCGGAAUCCGAUGAGAGCAUCAGGAGAAAAAGUUUCCACCUUGGUGUUGAAGGUCAUAGGCGAGCACGUGAAAAAAGAUUGUCUACCCCUAACCAGUCACCACUCAGCAUUCGUGGCUCCUUGUUUUCUGCAAGGCGGAGCAGCAGAACAAGUCUUUUCAGCUUCAAAGGUCGAGGAAGAGAUAUUGGAUCUGAGACUGAAUUUGCUGACGAUGAGCACAGCAUCUUUGGUGACAACGAGAGCAGAAGGGGCUCCCUGUUUGUGCCCCACAGACCUCGGGAGCGGCGCAGCAGUAACAUCAGCCAAGCCAGUAGGUCUCCCCCAGUGCUGCCAGUGAAUGGGAAGAUGCACAGCGCUGUCGACUGCAAUGGCGUGGUCUCCUUGGUGGAUGGACCCUCUGCCCUCAUGCUACCCAAUGGACAGCUCCUGCCAGAGGUGAUAAUAGAUAAGGCAACUUCUGAUGACAGCGGUACAACCAAUCAAAUACACAAGAAAAGACGUCACAGUUCUUACCUCCUUUCUGAGGAUAUGUUGAAUGACCCCAAUCUCAGACAAAGGGCAAUGAGUAGGGCAAGCAUAUUAACAAACACUGUAGAAGAACUUGAGGAGUCCAGACAGAAAUGUCCACCUUGGUGGUAUAGAUUUGCACACACAUUCUUGAUCUGGAAUUGCUCUCCAUGUUGGAUAAAAUUCAAAAAAUUUAUCUAUUUUAUUGUAAUGGAUCCUUUUGUAGAUCUUGCUAUUACCAUUUGCAUAGUUUUAAACACAUUGUUCAUGGCUAUGGAACAUCACCCAAUGACUGAGGAAUUCAAAAAUGUGCUCGUUGUGGGAAAUUUGGUCUUUACUGGCAUCUUUGCAGCUGAAAUGGUUUUAAAACUAAUUGCCAUGGAUCCAUAUGAGUAUUUCCAAAUAGGAUGGAAUAUUUUUGAUAGUCUUAUUGUGACCUUAAGCUUAGUGGAACUUUUUCUAUCAGAUGUGGAAGGAUUGUCAGUUCUACGAUCAUUCAGACUGCUCCGAGUUUUCAAGUUAGCAAAAUCUUGGCCAACACUGAACAUGCUGAUCAAGAUCAUUGGCAAUUCAGUGGGGGCUCUGGGAAACCUAACCUUGGUGUUGGCCAUCAUCGUCUUCAUUUUUGCUGUGGUUGGCAUGCAGCUCUUUGGUAAGAGCUACAAAGAAUGUGUUUGCAAGAUCAGUGAAGACUGCAAACUCCCACGCUGGCACAUGAAUGACUUCUUCCACUCCUUCCUGAUUGUGUUCCGGGUGCUGUGUGGAGAGUGGAUAGAGACCAUGUGGGACUGCAUGGAGGUCGCUGGUCAAGCCAUGUGCCUUAUUGUUUACAUGAUGGUCAUGGUCAUUGGAAACCUGGUGGUCCUCAACCUAUUUCUUGCUUUAUUACUGAGCUCAUUUAGUUCAGACAAUCUUACAGCCAUUGAAGAAGACACUGAUGCAAACAACCUCCAGAUUGCAGUGGCCAGAAUUAAGAAGGGAAUAAAUUACGUGAAACAAACCUUACGUGAGUUUGUUCUAAAAGCAUUUUCCAAAAAGCCAAAGAUUUCCAAAGAGAUUAGACAAACAGAAGAUCUGAAUUGUAAAAAGGAAAACUACAUCUCUAACCGCACAGUUGCUGAAAUGAGCAAGGAUCACAAAUUCCACAAAGAAAAAGAUAAAACCAGCGGUUUUGGAAACAGCAUGGACAAAUACUUAAUGGAAGAAAGUGAUGGUCAGUCAUUUAUUCAUAAUCCCAGCCUCACAGUGACAGUGCCAAUUGCACCGGGGGAAUCUGAUUUGGAAAUUAUGAACACUGAGGAGCUUAGCAGUGACUCAGAUAGCGAAUACAGCAAAGGGAGGCUGAACCGAUCAAGUUCCUCAGAGUGCAGCACAGUUGAUAACCCUGUGCCUGGAGAAGGAGAAGAGGCAGAGGCUGAGCCUGUAAAUUCAGAUGAGCCAGAGGCCUGUUUUACUGAUGGUUGCGUACAGAGGUUCCCAUGCUGUCAAGUUAACAUAGAAUCAGGGAAAGGAAAAAUCUGGUGGAACAUCAGGAAAACCUGCUUCAGGAUAGUUGAGCACAGUUGGUUUGAAAGCUUCAUUGUUCUCAUGAUCUUGCUCAGCAGUGGUGCUCUGGCUUUUGAAGAUAUAUAUAUUGAAAAGAAAAAGAACAUUAAGAUUAUCCUGGAGUAUGCUGACAAGAUAUUCACGUAUAUCUUCAUUCUGGAAAUGCUUCUAAAAUGGGUAGCAUAUGGUUACAAAACCUAUUUCACCAAUGCCUGGUGUUGGCUGGAUUUCUUAAUUGUCGAUGUUUCUUUGGUUACAUUAGUUGCAAACACUCUUGGCUACUCAGAUCUUGGUCCCAUUAAAUCCCUUCGGACACUUAGAGCUUUAAGACCUCUGCGAGCUUUAUCUAGAUUUGAAGGAAUGAGGGUGGUUGUGAAUGCGCUCAUCGGUGCAAUUCCUUCUAUCAUGAAUGUGCUACUUGUGUGUCUCAUAUUCUGGCUGAUAUUUAGCAUCAUGGGAGUAAAUUUGUUUGCUGGCAAGUUUUAUGAGUGUAUUAACACCACAAAUGGAUUACGGUUUCCUACAAGUGAAGUUGAAAACCGUUCUGCCUGUCUUGCGCUUAUGAAUGUUAGUCAAAAUGUGCGAUGGAAAAACCUAAAAGUGAACUUUGAUAAUGUUGGACUUGGUUACCUGUCUCUACUUCAAGUGGCAACAUUUAAGGGAUGGAUGGAUAUUAUGUAUGCAGCAGUUGAUUCUGUUAACGUAGACAAGCAGCCCAUUUAUGAAUACAGCCUCUACAUGUAUAUUUAUUUUGUCAUCUUCAUCAUCUUCGGGUCAUUCUUCACUUUGAACUUGUUCAUUGGUGUCAUCAUAGAUAAUUUCAACCAACAGAAAAAGAAGCUUGGAGGUCAAGAUAUCUUUAUGACAGAAGAACAGAAGAAAUAUUAUAAUGCAAUGAAAAAGCUGGGAUCUAAGAAACCACAAAAGCCAAUACCUCGGCCAGGGAACAAAUUCCAAGGAUGUAUCUUUGACCUAGUAACAAACCAAGCUUUUGAUAUAGCCAUCAUGGUUCUGAUCUGCCUCAACAUGGUAACCAUGAUGGUAGAAAAAGAGGGACAAAGUGCCUACAUGACUGAAGUUUUAAAUUGGAUCAAUGUGGUUUUUAUUAUCCUGUUCUCUGGAGAAUGUGUGCUGAAACUGAUCUCCCUCAGAUGCUACUACUUCACUAUAGGCUGGAACAUCUUUGAUUUUGUGGUUGUAAUUCUCUCCAUUGUAGGUAUGUUUCUGGCAGAUUUGAUAGAAAGGUAUUUUGUGUCCCCUACCCUAUUCCGAGUGAUUCGUCUUGCCAGGAUUGGCCGAAUCCUGCGUCUGAUCAAAGGGGCUAAGGGGAUCCGCACGCUGCUCUUUGCUUUGAUGAUGUCCCUUCCUGCGCUGUUUAACAUUGGCCUCCUGCUCUUCCUGGUCAUGUUCAUCUAUGCCAUCUUUGGAAUGUCCAAUUUUGCCUAUGUUAAAAAGGAAGCUGGAAUUAAUGACAUGUUCAACUUUGAGACCUUCGCCAACAGCAUGAUCUGCCUGUUCCAGAUUACUACCUCUGCUGGCUGGGAUGGAUUGCUGGCACCUAUCCUCAACAGUAAACCACCGGACUGUGACCCCAAAAAAGUUCAUCCUGGAAGCUCAGUUGAAGGAGACUGUGGGAACCCAUCUGUUGGGAUAUUCUAUUUCGUCAGUUACAUCAUCAUAUCAUUUCUGGUCGUGGUGAACAUGUACAUUGCUGUCAUCCUGGAGAACUUCAGUGUUGCUACUGAAGAAAGUACUGAGCCCCUGAGUGAGGACGACUUUGAGAUGUUCUAUGAGGUUUGGGAGAAGUUUGAUCCAGACGCGACCCAAUUUAUAGAAUAUAGCAAACUCUCUGAUUUUGCAGCUGCCCUGGAUCCUCCUCUUCUCAUAGCAAAACCAAACAAAGUCCAGCUCAUUGCCAUGGACCUGCCCAUGGUCAGUGGGGACAGGAUCCACUGCCUUGACAUCUUAUUUGCUUUUACAAAGCGUGUUUUGGGGGAAGGUGGAGAGAUGGACUCUCUUCGUUCACAGAUGGAAGAAAGGUUCAUGUCUGCAAAUCCCUCUAAGGUGUCUUAUGAGCCCAUCACAACUACACUAAAAAGAAAGCAAGAGGAUGUGUCUGCUACAGUCAUUCAGCGUGCUUACAGACGUUACCGCUUACGGCAAAAUGUCAAAAAUAUAUCAAGUAUAUACAUCAAAGAUGGUGACAGAGAUGAUGAUUUGCCCAAUAAAGAAGAUAUGGUUUUUGAUAAUGUUAAUGAGAACUCAAGUCCAGAAAAAACAGAUGCAACUCCAUCCACUGUCUCUCCACCUUCUUAUGAUAGUGUAACAAAACCAGACAGAGAGAAAUAUGAAAAAGACAAAACAGAAAAGGAAGACAAAGGGAAAGAUGGCAAGGAAGGCAAAAAAUAGAGCUUCAUUUUUGAUAUAUUGUUUACAGCCUGUGAAGGUGAUAUAUUUGUGUUAAUAAGACUCUUUUGAGGAGGUCUAUGCCAAAUCUCUUUUUAUCAAUUUAUUCUCAAAGUCAGUGCAUUUGCUAGCUCUGAUUCUCUGACAUAGGUGGGCAGCAUUAGCAGAUGGCUAUUUUUACAUUGGUAAAUGUAUCUCUAAGAAUUGUUAAGAGUAAGUGUACAGGAAUUAUUGAUUACAGCAAACAGAGGUGAUUUAAUUUUAUUUACUUUCAAUAAAUCAGAAAAACAUGUAGAAAAUAUUCACAUCUGCCUUGUCAUCUUUUCACAGGAUUGUAAACAUUGAUGUUUCCCAUGCAUGUAGGCAUGUGUGCGUGCACACACACGCCAAUACCUAACAUUUGGAUAUCUACAAAAGUAUUUUGCCUUGACUUUUCAAUGUAGUGCUCUGAUAGAAGGCACCAGUAAUGAAUGUUCAGUUAAAACAUCUUGUUAUCUUGUUAUUAGGGGGCAAGACUCUUUUAUCCAUGUACAGAGGUCAUUCUAUAUUUUGAGGUGCUUAAAUUUAUUCAUGUUACAUGAAAACCAAUUUAUGUGCCCACUAAAGGCCAGGGGACAUGUAGGCUGGUCAGUUCUACCAAUGCUUUUUGUUUAUCACGAUGCAUAUACCGAUUAGGAUAAGAGUUACCUUUAGAAUAUUGUGUUUCAUGGACUGCCUUUUUCUAUAUCUUUGUUUGUUCAUUCGAUAAUCAUGAAACAUGAAAAAUUAUUUUAAGUACUUGAAAGCAAAGCUGAUACUGUCUUCAGUGGAGUGCUUCCAGAUAUGCAGAAAGAUACUUGAUAUCCUGGUACAUGUUUGAGCAGAUAAUGACUUGGGCACAGUAUUUAGCAUUUCACCUGCAUAAUAUCCUGAAUGUGUAUGGCAAGCUUUCAAGUCGUACUACAUGGCAGGCUUUCAACACAAACUUGUGUGUAGUAAGAAUGAAAUAGCAUUCAACCAAGGUUCUUGCCAACUUGCUUGCCUGACUGGUUCUAGUAAUCCACUUGAACCUUUGUUCUUUCAUCUACAAAAUGAGGAGGAUGUCACUUUCUCCUUAAAAUUCUAUGACUAUGAGAUAUAUUAUGUAUCCAUCAAUAAUGUACCCUGAGCUUAAAGUUUACCAAGGACACAUUCAUUUUGCUUUCACUGUUGUCCUUCUAUCAAGGAUUAUAUAUCUAGUUUAGAAAAAAAACUUGUUAAUACUGGCUUGAAAACAAAUAGCCAUAAUGCAUUUUUUAUGAGCUUAUUCCAGGAACAUGAGAUCAUUCUUCUAUCGAGUUCUUCAUGCACUGGCAAAAACUGAGUUACAAAAGUGGAAAGUAAUUUUAUUUAGAAGAUUUUGUGGGAGGUUUCAAAACAAAUAUAUACAACAAUAUUUCAUUCAUUUGCUUUCCUCAAUGAAAAAAGAACAUAAACUGUAUUUCUAUAUUUAAUGCUUAAAACAUUUUUGUUGUUCUUUUGGCUAGUAAAAAAUAAAGGAGAUUUAAACAUACCCAUAGAGAUGAAGAUGUAUGGAUAGAGGAUGAAAGGCAAAGGGCAAAAAAAAAAUCAAAACACAGAAAUGAGAAAGACAGACAAAAACAAAGAAAGCGACAUCUCCACAGAACUUCCUACCUAGAAUGUUUCUAAAUUAUGAUGUGUUUUACAGCAUUUGUGAAGGAGAUUAUCACAUCUAGACAUUUGUCCUAAAGCAUGAAUGAAAUUAAACCUAGAGCCAAAGAUUCUUUACCAAUCAUUCAUCUUACAUUAUUUGGGCCUCUUUUUUAUUUACUAAAUAAGAUACCAUGCAGUGUUUUCCUGGACUAUAUAGAGCAUUGUAUCACCUCCCUGCUAAGUCUGUUGAAAAUAGGUUUUGACCAAUUUAGAGAACCAUGCAAAAUAUAUUACCUUUGUAAGAUUUUUUAAUACACAAAAUUAAGAAAUUAAUAUUACCUUAAAUGUGAAGUUUAUCCUCAUCAUUUUAAAUCCAUAUAACUGUACUUUGCAUAUUUAUAAAAUAUAGUGGGAAAAGAUGUGGGAAGGUUUAUGUGUGAUUUACUAUUCAUGUUUUUACAUUGCCUGACUUUUAUGUGAAAAAAAAAUUAGCAACUUGUUCCUCAACACAAUUUAUUCUAAGCAUUUCAAAAAAAGAAUUACAAAGUUGCACUUCCAUUUCAUGCUGAACUAUAAUUUUUUAAUGUAACAUGGUUAAGUUUUUAUAUAUAUAUGUUUUCCCAGGAAUGUCUAAUUGUAACUUUUUAUCAAUAACAAUAUUUUGGAACCAAGUGCUCAUUUAAUAUAUUACAAGCUUGAAAGGAAAUUAGACUUCUCUUUUCAUACAGAUUACUGUUUGGUACUAAUAAUAAGAUACCAUUCUCAGCACUGUCAUGCUAAUAUUUAAGUCACACUAUCAUGGAACACAUUUAAUCUAAUGAUAUAAAAUGACAGUUACACUGUACAAUUUAAAUUGGAAUAAAGUGGCAGGGAACAGAUUUGAACACAAAUCCAUUCAUCCAAUGGAGAGAAACAUGGGAGAAUCUCAUUUUACCUUUUGACUGUUAUGUAGUUUGCAAAAGAUGUAAGUAACUUGUUGGCUGUUUCUAAAUGCUAACUGAUGAAAACUUCAACCCUAAAUGUUCAGCAUGAUUUUAUAGAAUUUUGAUAGCUUUAUUCAAAAGUUAAGAGGAAAUGCAUAUGUAAAUAAAGCAGUUCUAAAUAGCAAUUCCAGAGAAAUGUUAAUGGGAAUGAUGAAAGUGGGCCAGCUAAAUUAGAAUGGCCAAGUAACUGGCUUGGGUUUAGGACCUAUGUAUAGAGGCCACCAAUUUCUUUUAAUAACUGUGGUUUGUUACGUUAUAUUCUUGAGGAAAAUAAUUGAGUUGCUUCAUAAAGAUAAAUGAAUAGCCAUGAAUAUAAUAAUGCUGUUUACAUAGAAUUCUUUAUAAAUUUCAUACAUAUAUGAAUGCUUAAAAUGUUUGAGUUUGUCAUAAAUUAUAUUGUAGUUAUACUUGAGACCUGCACAUUGUAAUAGAAUCUAAAAAUAAAAGUCAUCAAAAAAUAAAA